CCUGCCUGGCUGCUCCCUCGGUGGUAAAUCUUUGACCAAGUGGCAACCUGCUCCCUCCUCUGCUGGGCCUCACGACUUCUCCACAGGUGUCCAAAGCUGUGUGAAGCCCUUCCUGGCGGGCAGAGCUCGGAAGACUUUAGAAGAAAAAGCUGCCUUUGCUUGGGAUCCAGGGCAGGAGAAGCCUCAGAGUGUGGACAGACAGGAGCAGGGAAACAACAUCUAUGGCUUCGUCAGUCCUGCAAAAUGUCAAGGAGGAGGUGACUUGCCCCAUCUGCCUGGAGCUCAUGACAGAACCUGUGAGCACUGACUGUGGCCACACUUUCUGCAAACUCUGCAUCACUUCCAACUAUGAGUCGACGAAACAUGAACAAGGAGUGGGCAACUGCCCCGUGUGCCGAGUCACUUACCACAUUGAAAACCUGAGGCCCAGUCGACAUGUGGCCAAUAUAGUGGAGAGGCUCAGGGAGGUGACCUUGACUCCACAGGCAGAUCAGUGUGACCUCCAUGGGGAGAAGCUUGUGCUGUUCUGUUGGCAAGACGGGAAGGUCCUUUGCUGGCUUUGUGAGCGUUCUCAGGUGCACCGGGGUCACCACACGCUUCUCAUGGAGGAGGCUGCGCAGGAGUAUCGGAGGGGUCUUGAGCAAGUGCUGGAGAAGCUGCUGAUGGAGGAGAAAGAGUUUGAGAAGUGGAAUGCUCACAUCGAAGAAGAAAGAACUUCCUGGAAGAAUCAAAUACAGGGGGAGAGAGAAAGUGUCCGGGCUGCGUUUCAACAAAUGCGAGCCACCCUGGACUCUGAGGAGAGGACGCACCUGCAGAAGCUGCAGACAGAGGAGCAAGGUGUUCUGAAUGGCCUGGCCGAGUCUGAAAAGGAGUUGGCCCAGCAGGCCUGGGAGGUGAGGGAGCUCAUCUCAGAUGUGCGGCACCGGCUGCAGGGGUCCACAGUGGCCAUGCUGCAGGAAUCAAGCUCAGGACCCUGUGCUUGCCAGGAUGUGAAGAAUACCAUGGAAAGGUGUCAGUUAUUCACUGUGAAGAGACCAAGAACUUUUCCAAAGAAUCACAGGAUCAUGUUUCAAGCUCCUGAUCUGAAAAAUAUUCUCCAAUCACAGCAAGCUCCUGUUGUACUGACUCCAAGCAGCUAUUCAAAUAUUUCCGUUCAUCCACCUAUUCCACACAAACAGUUCAUAUUUGGAAGAAACCAGGUCAAACAACGUUCAAGGUUGCUGCCCCCGCCCCCACCUGGGGGCAGUCUUUUUUAGGUGAUGGAACAUACUUCAAAACCCCCUCUAACUUUAGUGUUCCUAAUUAUCAACGCAAAUGUGGCUACUGGGUGAUGGGGCUGCAGGGUAAACUUGACUAUAAUGCUUUUAGGGUACCUGAUAGUUCUAAUCCCUGCACUGUGGCCUUUUCCCUGACUAUUGCUCCAGGCCAUGUUGUACUUUGCCUACACUAUAAGGCUCAUGCUCUCUCAAUCUACAGUGUGACAGACCACGGGUUUCUUAUCUAUAAAUUCCUUCAACGUUCCUUUUGUGGUAAUGUUUUUUCAUUUUUCAGUCUUGGGGGAUGUUCAGAACCUAUGAUAUUAUGUGGGCCAAACCUUUGAACUUUCAUACACCCUCUCCUUCUUUCUGUGCCUUGCCUCUGGCUGAGGUGUGUGUCUCCUUCCACUGAGGUGCCUGCUCCACUUUAACACCUUGCCUGCUCUCCCUUGGCCCUCCGUGUGGAUAUCCUUGACUCACGGUAGAAUGUACAAAUUCUCUGGCACUGUUUUCUUCCCAGUAUCUCAUUUGCUCACAAGAGGAUCUUAAUUUAUUGCUUCCCUAAUCCCAAGGAAAUGCCUGCGUCCUCUUAAGAAAGACCACUAUUAAGGUGACUGCUGUGCCUAAUCAUUGCAGCCUCCUUCUCUGCCAGUUAUAAAGAUGAAGGAAAGUUUGCACCCAACUUGCUGUAUAUUGAAGACCACAUAGGUGUGUUCUCACUUAAGAAUAGGCCCUUAGCAGUAGAGUAGUUCACUUCAGCCAUGAUUCUUCUUCUUUAUCCCGGGGUGAAAAGCAGAGUCUCAUCAUAGAAAACAGGCACAUAGACCUUUUGCAAAUGGAAAAAGGACUAUGAGAUGGAGGUGGCGGAGGUGAGAGGAAGGGAAGGUUAAAAAAUUAUUAUGUGUUAUGUAUAUACAAUCUCCCCCCGUUAAAUUUCACAUUACAUAGUACAAACCUGUACUAAUAAAAACAAAAGUUUAAUUAAAAAAAAAUGUCAUCAAUGAUCUACACUAAGGAUAGAUUUUGUGUUCAGAGUAUGUAUGUUCAAAUCCUAUGUCUUUGUAUCCUAGCAGUGUAACUUUGAAUAAUAUGCUUGAAUGCUUUAUGUGUUUUCUUAGAGUUUUGUUUAAGCACUGCACCUGAUCACUUUGAUCAUUGUGAGAAAAUAAAUUGAGUAUUAAACAUCCACUGAAGUAUCUUAA